CAUCUCUUCGAUCAAAAUCACGAUCAAACUCAUCCUUGCGCUCUUGAAACAGCAGUUAAAAUCACGAUCAUUAGCUCGCUGAUUGAUAACGAACAGUGGUCGUAAUCAUGGGUAGGCUAGUGACAACACUGCUCGUGCUGUGCUUGAUCCCGCCGACGAUGUGUUCACUCGCGGCGGCGCACGACGACCUCCGGCGAGGCCUAGAGCAAGCCACGCGCGGCCGCCUCCUCGCCGACGCGACGCCGGCGGGAGGCGCGGCCGUCGUGCCCAUCCGGUGGUCCCCGCCGUACUACGUGGCGAACUUCACCAUCGGCACGCCGCCGCAGCCCGCGUCGGCGAUCGUCGACGUCGCCGGAGAGCUCGUCUGGACGCAGUGCUCGGCGUGCCGCCGCUGCUUCAAGCAGGACCUGCCCGUGUUCGUCCCGAACGCGUCGUCCACCUUCAAGCCGGAGCCGUGCGGCACCGCCGUCUGCGAGUCCAUCCCGACGCGCAGCUGCUCCGGCGACGUGUGCUCCUACAAGGGGCCGCCCACCCAGCUGCGCGGGAACACCUCCGGGUUCGCCGCCACCGACACGUUCGCCAUCGGGACGGCCACGGUGAGGCUCGCCUUCGGGUGCGUCGUGGCGAGCGACAUCGACACCAUGGACGGGCCUUCCGGGUUCAUCGGUCUAGGGAGGACGCCAUGGUCGCUCGUCGCGCAGAUGAAGCUCACCAGGUUCUCCUACUGCCUCUCGCCACGCAACACCGGGAAGAGCAGCCGGCUGUUCCUCGGCUCCUCCGCCAAACUGGCCGGCGGCGAGAGCACCUCGACGGCGCCGUUCAUCAAGACCUCGCCCGACGAUGACAGCCACCACUACUACCUGCUCAGCCUGGACGCCAUUAGAGCCGGCAACACGACGAUCGCCACGGCUCAGAGCGGCGGCAUCCUCGUGAUGCACACCGUCUCGCCGUUCAGCCUCCUGGUCGACAGCGCGUACAGGGCCUUCAAGAAGGCGGUGACGGAGGCCGUCGGCGGCGCGGCCGCGCCGCCGAUGGCGACGCCGCCGCAGCCGUUCGACCUCUGCUUCAAGAAGGCGGCGGGGUUCAGCCGCGCCACCGCCCCGGACCUGGUGUUCACGUUCCAGGGCGCCGCCGCGUUGACGGUGCCGCCGGCGAAGUACCUGAUCGACGUCGGCGAGGAGAAGGACACGGCGUGCGCGGCGAUCCUGAGCAUGGCGUGGCUGAACAGGACGGGGUUGGAAGGGGUGAGCGUCCUGGGAAGCUUGCAGCAGGAGGACGUCCAUUUCCUCUACGAUCUCAAGAAGGAGACGCUCUCCUUCGAACCUGCGGAUUGCAGCUCACUCCCUUAGUUAAUGAGUAAAUCUGGAAGUAUAAUUUUUAA